CCUUCCCAAAGCUGUAGUUUAUGUGUGUGGGUUUCGUCUGAUUGUAUCAGGCUUUGCAGAAAUAUAGAGCGCUCUUCCUUUUGCGGAUGUUAAUAUUCUUUGUUGGUAGCGUAUACUGACGUCACGAGGCAAUGGCUGAGCUUGAGGCUUGUAGUUGCUGAGUUUAUGUGCUAAUUUCAUUUUCAGCACAGCAAGCAAGCAAGCAAGCUAUUGUCACGGAGCUAACCCUCUUUCUGGUUUACAGAGACAAGAUUGCUCAACAAGACAUGAACGGAAACUCCCCAGAGCUACCGCGAUUGCGACUAGGUGAAUGAAAGACCCUCAGGAAAUGGAGGAAGAAUAAAUUCAAACGGCUCUGGAUUUGUAAUGCAAGCAGCUUUUGUGGAGUUCCAAGGAAAUUUGCUUUCGUGCUUCUGGAUUUAAAAUCAUGUCUGUUCACAUUGUAGCCUUUGGGAAUGAAAGAGAUGGAUUUUCUGAGGAUGAUCAGCAGAAGAGUUUGAUAUGGACCUAUCUUGGGAGAAGUGCUUUAGUUUCAGAGACUGACAGUAAUUUGUUACUAAACUCUGCCAGUUACCUUAGAAAUCCUGCAUUCACCGAGUAUCAAGCUUGUGUGUUUGGAAAUGUCAGAUUGGUGGUACAUGACUGUCCUCUCUGGGAUAUUUUUGAAAGUGACUGGUACACAUCUCGGAACCUCAUUGGAGAAGCAGAUAUCAUUGUGAUUAAAUAUUCUGUAAAUGACAAAUCUUCAUUUCAAGAAGUUAAAGAUAUUUAUGCACCACUGAUAAAGAAAACACUUAGUCACUGUUCAGUUCCAGUUAUAAUUUCUGCUGUUGGUGCAAGACAAAACGAAGUCCCCUGCACUUGCCCUUUGUGUAUCUCAGACAGAGGUAGCUGUGUUACAGCUUCUGAAGGUGUUCAACUUGCUAAAGAACUAGGAGCCACUUAUUUGGAACUGCAUAGCCUCAAUGAUUUUUACAUAGGAAAAUAUUUUGGUGGGGUGCUGGAAUAUUUUAUGAUACAAAGCUUGAAUCAGAAAUCAUCUGAAAAAAUGAAGAAAAGGAAGAAAAGCCAUAAAUGUCAUGGAGUUAAGCCACCUCAGCUUGAUCAGCCAGAAAAAAUGCCUAUCUUAAAAGGCGAAGCCUCACAUUAUGAUUCUGAUUUACAUAACUUGUUGUUCUGCUGCCAGUGUGUUGAUGUGAUAUUUUACUCUGAAGACAUGAAGGAGGUAGCAAAAGCACACAGGAUUGUUUUAUGCUCUAUUAGCCAUGUCUUCAUGUUGCUUUUUAAUGUGAAGAACCCAACUGACAUUCAGGAUCCUUCUAUCAUUAGAACUGCUCAGUCUCUCUUUGCAGCCUCUCAGGAAACUCUGUUUCCCAUAUUAAAACAUGGCACAUCAUGUGGUUCACCAGUAAGAGUCAUUGUUAAAGACUCAUUCUUCUCUUCUUGUUUGACAGAUAUUCUGCACUUCAUUUAUUCAGGUGCUUUCCAAUGGGACCUAUUGGAAGAGCACAUUAAAAAGAAACUGAAGAAUUCAGGGGAUGUUGAGCUUGUUCUUGAGAGAGUAAAAUGUAUCUUGAAAAUUCCAGGAAAGGUUAACGGUUCACAAAAUUAUAGAACUUAUUUGUCAAAAACACCGCUACAUUUAUGUAACACCUCUCUCAGACUUUUCUUUAACACAACAGUAUUAGCUGAUGUCAUGUUCAAAAUACAAGGUGCUACAGUACCAGCUCACAAAGCAGUCCUGGUGGCUCGCUGUGAAGUAAUGGCUGCUAUGUUUAAUGGCAACUAUAUUGAAUCAAAUAGUUUUUUGGUUCCAGUUUAUGGAAUUUCCAAAGAUACAUUUCUAUCUUUUUUAGAGUAUCUAUAUACAGACUCCUGUUGUCCAGCCAGCAUUCUGCAAGCCAUGUCACUUUUAAUAUGUGCUGAGAUGUACCAGGUUUCAAGGCUCCAGCACAUCUGUGAGCUUUAUAUAAUUACACAACUCCAGAGCAUGCCUAGUAGAGAAUUAACAUCUACAAGCCUGAGUGUGGUCAGCUUGCUUCAGAAAGCAAAAUUUCAUAAUUCGGAUUGUCUUUCAAAUUGGCUGCUUCAUUUUAUUGCUUCUAAUUACUUAAUCUUCAGUCAAAAACCUGAGUUUGAAGAUCUUUCAGUGGACGAACGCAAUUUCAUAGAGAUGCACAGAUGGCCUUCUAGUAUGUACCUGAGACAGCUUGCAGAGUACAGGAACUACAUUCAUUCUCGGAAAUGUCACUGUCUAAUAAUGUAAAAUUUAAAAAAUGAUCUUUAUUUAUGAAUGAUUGAAAGCUGUGCUUCAGAAAUCUUACAACUGAAAUUUGAUAUUUAGCUGAAAUGUUGCACCUGCUAAUGAAUAACUAAGGUACUGUUUAAAAGCAUGUGAAACAUAUUGUAACAUAUGCAUUUACUAAGAUGAAUUUCAGCUGUAUUGUUAAGUCUGAUUCUAUACUAUUUUAAAUUUUUUGGAGGAAUAUGUACUAAUUUGGAAUAUUUGUUAGUCUAUUAUGUAUCUAGGAUUCCAGGAGCUUGAAGGAGAGAUUCUGCAUUCAUUACUCACUUUUUUUAGCUAUUUCCUUUGAAGAUUUUAGUAAGUUAUUUAUGAGCUUUUAGAAAUUGUAUAUUUUGUAAAAAACAGAGCUUGUAAAAAGAUUCUAUUUUGGAAUUAAAACUGUACCUCAUCCCAAUCUGCAUCAAAUUUCUGAAAAAAAAAAUCUCUUCAGAAAAUUAUUUAAACUUUCCCUUCACUGGGGAAUCUUGUAUAGUAAAAAAAAAUCCCAGUAUGGUUUUUCUAGGUAUUGUAAAACAAAAUUACAUUUGAAAAAUAUUUUGGUGUUGUUUCCUGUAUAAUUGCAUAUAUAUAAAAGUAUUUUCUUAUGUUUCUUUUUUGUGCAAAAAUAACCCACUUACAGUAUUCUGACAAUAACAAUUUUAAAUUCUUCCCACCAGGUAGAUAAUAAUUUAACAAUCAUUUCACAAUUUUGAAAAUAACAUUAUUCCUAAAAAGGUCUGUGUAAAUUCAAUCAGUAGCCUGUGUAUGUUUGUAUAUUAUUUAAUUCAUCCCCGAAAGUUGUUCUAUAGUUUGUUUCCUAUAUUUAGUAUGUGAGAGGCCAAGGGAAGAAGGCGGAAAUACUAAAUUUACAUACUCUGAUCAUAUGGAUCCAGACCUUUUAUAAUCUUGGGACAUGAGCACACUAAUCCACUGAGUCCUUUCUAUAAUUCCCUUCUCAUUUCAGAAUUUAAUAAACUCAACUAGGGGCUGUGUUGCAUGUCCAUUUUCCCCAGACAUAUUUUAUCCAUUAAGGCGUUCUUGUCAAUUUUCCCAGAUGAGUCUGCAUUGCAUUUAGACAAUGGGGCUGAUCUGGCCAAUUUUCUGAGGUUUUUGUACCUCCCUUUUUUGCGUAGGUGCACAUUAUUACUAAGAUUGUAGUAUUUUCUGUCUUUAUAUGUGGUUAAGUGUAUGUUUUACAACCCACAUAGACCUGCAAUGACCUCUACAUUGUAUCCUCCAUAUGUACAAAGGUGGCAUUAGAAUGUUCCAAUGGUUAAUUGAAGCAACAUUUGAAUCAGGAACUAUCUGACCCACAGCACACACUUUCAGAGACAACGCACUGCUUCACAAUAUUGCAAUGGCUCUUAUAAAUAAUGUUUUAUAUAAUAUUUUGUAUUCUUUUUAAAAUGCCAAAUAGGAUACUACAACUAAUUUAUUUCUAGUAGCGGUUUUUUUAUUUAUUAAGGAAACUUAAAAACAUUUUCAGCAUUUUUGUAUGACUAUAAGUUCCAUGGAAAUAGAUACAUUAAAAUCCAUUUUUAACCUGUUCCUUUGCUUUAAUUUAAAAAGGGUAAUGUAUUUUAAUGAUUUUAGUGAUUUUAUCUAUAAAUCUAGGCAUAAUUUUUCAAAUGACUAAAAUGUUUUAAGAUUAUGAUUUAGUGUAAAUGUUCCUUUUAUCUGAAAGUUGUUGUGUAUAAUAUUUAUGACACAUUUUAUCUUCAAAAUAUUUACAUUCCAAUGCAGCAGUAGUAGACAAAGGUAAUUAUAGAUGACAGUAUGAAGAAUGCUGUUACAAGCCUGUAUAGGGACAGAAUGGGAAGCCACAUAUAGAGUACCUUAUGUUUAUUAAUUCUUACAUAGCUAGGAAUACUGUAUUGUUGAACAUCUUUGAAUUCACCUGCAGAUAUGUAUAACUAGCAACUAGUAACCUGCAAAUCCUUGGAUGGCAAUGGCAUGUUUUGCAAAAUAGCUCAUAAAAUGACAGACUAUUCAUGGUUUAUUUGGGAUGCACAUGCACUGCACUAUAAUCUCUUUUCAGAUUAUGACAGCUAUUCAUAGUCCUUCAAACUCAUUGGAUUAAGUUGUAAUUUAUUAUAUUUCUUAAAACAUUUUAAUGGACAGGUAUGCCUACUGUGAAAGAUAAUCUGCAGCAACUUCUACAUUUCUGAUAACAUUAUAUUUAUUAAUACCCAAGAAUUGAUAAGUAGUAAUCUAUAGAGAUCACAUAUUGAAUGCAUUCCUUUAAAAUCUAUUUUUAUAAGAAAAGCAUUUCUAUUUGCAAUGUUACUGUUUUUUAAUGAAUAAAUGUCAAUAUCAAGCCAGCAUGGAAGUUUACAGAGAUGCAACCUUAAAAUUACAGUUAAAGUGUUUGUUGAAAUUUAUCACAUGAAUGAUUGUGGCUUUGUUGCAAAAGAAAAAAAAAAGCCCCUUCAUUUUGUUAUGUGUUGGGUAUGUAAUAAUUUUACAGAUUAACAGGUUCUUAAAUUCACAAUAUUUAAUUAUGCUAUUUAAUUUCUUGUAGUAUGACAUUUUAUUAAGUGCUUAUUUGUGACUAUCCAUUAAAUAGCUUCAAUCCAAACACUUUUUAAGCUGUCUGUAUUUAAUUGGAUCUUAGAAUUUAAAGUAAAAAAAUUAUCAUACGUUGUAUAUCCUUAAUUGUAAGUAAUUGAUUGGCAAUGCAAAGCUGCAGAUUUUGACUAGGAAGCUGUAUAUCAUAACGUGCAGAAAAGUGAAUGCAGCAUCCGGCUGGAAACAGAUAGAGCAAUCUUUCUGAGUUGGAGACUCAGGGCUUCAUUUAUUCAUAGCCCCAUCUGAAGCAUUGCACAGCUUUCUAUUUCCUUUUUUAAAAAAAUGUGUUGAAACCAGUAUUGAUUCCUGAUCACUGCCUGGGCAAGUCCCUGCAGUAUUCUUCAGUAAGAGUUCAGAAGCAGCUUGCCAUUGCUACCUACCUUGGGCUAAGAGAGAGCGAGAGCUGUGUUUUUCUUAAAAAAUAAAAUUCUUUUCAGCCAAUCCUGACAUGGUUCUCAGUUAAAAUGAAUUUUAGGGAUGUCUUUAAAGGAAGAUGACAGAUGCCCUAUUGGUACAAAUUCCUUUGCAUAGAUUGAUAUAAAAUAUGCUAUAAAAUUGCAUAUUUUGUGAACUGUUAUGUCCAGUGAUGUUAAAAGACCUCAAAACUUAAUCAUGAAGACAGUUUCAUUCAGUCAAACAAACAAGUGGUGAAAAGGCUAACUAACCUGUAAGGUGUAGAGGUAAUUCUUGACUUGUGACUGGUUGCGUAGCAACCAUUCAGAGUUCUGAAGGACAGCCCUGGGGGUAUAUAUGACCUGGAUUCAAAGUUCUGACCUCUACUUCUUCCAAGGGUCAUAUGACCACACUCCAGCUUGCAUUUAUUACAGUGUCCUGUAAUUAUGUGAUGGUUUCCCCAAAACCAGCAUUUACUUAACAAUUUUCUGCAAAACUGGCCCUUGGCAGGCUUCAUUACAGUUGUAACUGAAUGACUGACUAAACCAGUGUAGGAAAGGCAAAUAGAUCCUUUGUCACAAUGUCUCUCUCUCCUGGAAAACGUCCAGGAUUUUGUUUCACAUGUUGGCAAUUAGGUUCCUCUGUUAUGCUUGUAAACAGGAGAUGGUGACAUUCUCCUCUCUUGUUUUUAUUUCUUCUACCACAGGUAUUUGAAAAUAUCCAGAAUAGUUAUGAAUUGGCCCAGGUGAAUUUAUCUUAGCUCCUUUGAAAGCAAUACAAGUAACCAUCAUCCUUGUACCAUGCAUUAUUUUAUGUACCUCAGUCAUAUCCUUACCCGAAGUUCUGUGUCUUUUAUCCAAAGUAAAAAUUCUCAGACAUUCUAAACCUUUCUCAUCAAAAUCUAUGUUGUUUGUUGACCGUAACAAUAAGGUAACAAUGGUAACCUUUUAAGCUUAUAGUCUGGUAUAUUCCCAAACUCUAUCGGUUUAUGUUUAAAUCAUGCAUUUACUUGUAAGGACAGAGCAUAGCCGAGAAGAAGCUAAAAAGCAUGCAUAUGUUUAUGUUGUUCAAAACUCCAAUAUUUUCUACACUAAUUACAUGUAUCUAAUGACAAUAGCUUUGAAAAGGAACCUGCUUUUAUACUACUUAGCAACACUUAAAAUAAAGGCCUCUUCCUUUCAAAAUAACAUUUUAAAAAAAUUAAGCUUCAUAAAUGCCUGAAGUGUGACAAGAAAAUAUGCUUAUCAAAUAAUAAUAAAAACUUUCAAAAGACUCAUUUGAUAUUAAUGCUUAUUAUUACUGUACUCAGAAAUCCAAGAGGUCUGUGUCACUUUAUGAUCUAACUCUGUGCAGAAAUAUAGGAAACAAUCUUCAAAAUACACCAGAUUUUUUUGGGUAGCAGAGCACAUAUUUCAAUAGAUUGGAAACCCUACACCUGUGAUGGCGAACCUAUGGCAUGCAUGCCACAAGUGGCAUGCAGAGCCCUCUGAGGGUACGCGAGCCAUCGCCCAGGUCAGCUCCACCAUGCGCUCAUGCCUUCCACUGGCCAGCUGAUUUUCAGGUCUCUGCCGGGAGAUGCGUGCAAAUGUGCAGG